GGAGGAGGAGGGAGGAAGAGAGGAAGGAGAGCGACAGGAAGAAGAGGAAGCAUAUCGAUGGUAAGCAUGAAGAAUAUUCCCGGACUCUGAGCUGAUCGACGGGGAAAACAUCUUCCGUCGCUCGUUAAGAGGCCGACAGGAAGCGGAGGGAGACAACGGCGCGGCCAGGAUGGAGGAGGAGAAGCAGUUCCUUUGUGGGGUGGUGGAAGGUUUCUAUGGUCGACCCUGGUCUAUGGAUCAGAGGAAAGUUCUCUUCCAGUGGAUGCAGCUGUGGGGGUUGAACACCUACCUGUACGGCCCCAAAGAUGAUCUGAAGCACAGAUUGCUGUGGAGGGAAGUCUAUUCUCCCGAAGAGGAAGCUCAGCUGCGUACUCUUAUAGUGGAAGCUCAGUCCAGGGGUCUGAGGUUUGUUUACGCUCUCUCCCCUGGUCAGGAUAUCGUCUUCUCUUCUUCCUGUGACUUGGCGCUGCUCAAACGGAAGCUGAAACAGGUAUCAGACCUGGGGUGCCAGGCGUUUGCCAUCCUCUUUGACGACAUCGAUCACUCCAUGUGCCAGGCCGACAGCGAGGCCUUCACUUCAUUUGCCCACGCUCAGGUCACGAUAACGAAUGAGAUUUAUCGCUUCUUGGGGGAGCCACCUGUCUUCCUUUUCUGCCCUACAGAGUAUUGCGGUUCGCUGUGCUCCCCGAGUGUGUCAAAAUCUCCCUACCUGCAAACAGUUGGAGAGGACCUACUACCUAACAUAACAGUGAUAUGGACAGGCAGCAAAGUUAUUUCCAGGAAACUGUCCUUAGAGUCCCUUGCCGAGUUGGAGUCUGUCCUGCAGCGGUCCCCGCUGAUCUGGGACAACCUGCAUGCCAACGACUAUGAUACCCGACGUCUCUUCCUGGGGCCUUUCAAGGGUCGUGACCCUCAGCUAAGAAACCACCUGAGGGGUCUGCUGCUCAAUCCUAACUGCGAAUUUGAAGCCAAUUACAUCCCACUGCACACUCUGGGAAGCUGGCACAGAGCUGAAAAAGAUUAUGUAAAAGACGAGGAGUGUGAAUACUGUCCAGACAGAGCUUUAACUGCUGCACUUCAUGACUGGAUGGAAGAACUUAAUCAGCCUCUGCAAGCAGGUCGGCAGAGCGCAAGAGCAGAACAACGGGCCUCUGUCUCAUCAUCGCGUACCAAAACCUCUGACAGGUCCGACUGUCCCUCCACCUUCAGAGCCACACAUGCUGUGGCCAAACUCCCAGUCUUCCCACUCAAUUCCAGCUCUCCACCCUCAUCCCCUCCUAUGGGGAAAGCGGAGAGAGAGGGGCAAGAAGGGGAAAAAAAGAGGUCACACCAAUCAAGUCAUCAACUUCCAGGAUCGAGGUCGGCAGCGCCCCCUAGUGGGGGCCGGGCACAGCGGGCGCCGGGUCGCGGGCUGUGUGGUGGGAAGGGCUUACUGAGCGAGGCCCAGGUGCGGCUGCUCGUUGGUCUCCAUUACCUCCCCCAUGAGCACGGCCCCUCGGCGCAGAAGCUGCUGCAGGACCUAACCUGGCUAAAAUCAAACUGCCACCUGGUCGGCGCAAACAGCAAGAAGACGCAGCCCCAGAAGGUUGAUGAGUGGCGUGGGCGGGCCUCCAGAUUCCUGUCUCUGUGCGAAGACAUAGCUCAGCUCCACUGCAGCGUAGUGGGCGGGGCUAACAGGGCUGUGCUCUAUGACCUUUACCCUUAUGUGUGGGACCUGAGGAACACAGCUCUGGUGGCAAAAGCCUUCAUAUGCUGGCUGGAUGGGCGAGUGCUGAAUGACGGCUCAAACCUCGCCUCCUGGAGGAACUGUUUUCACUGGUGUGGGAAAUCCACAGGAGCAGAGCUGCAGGGAGUGGACUCAGAGCCAUGGGUGUUCAAAGGGGGGGUGUCUGGGGAGGUGCAGAUGCUCCUCCCGAUAGGCAGCAGCAGUGAACUUUUCGCUCACCCCCCUCCUCUCUUUCCUACCUCUCGUCUCUACAACGUCAGGCCCUAUCACGGCAAAGACAAGGUGGAGCUGUACCGAAUGGUCCGCCAGCUUCACCUGAGGACUCAGGGGGGCCAGGAGUCCACCAUGGCUCAUCCAGACGUCAUUGGAGACAGAUGUCUUGGCCCAUGUCUGGCGCUGAGCCCCGAGUACAGCUUCAUCCUGGAAGAUGAGCUCGGCAUCUGUGGCUGCGUGCUGGGCAUCCUAGACGUCCGCUCCUUCGCGAAGCGAUGCCAGGCCAGCUGGAUUCCUGCCAUGAGAGAUAAAUACCCACCCAAAGGGAGCAGCACACACUCAAACACACAGGACUUGGUGAGAUUGAUGGAGGAGGACCAGGGUGAGUACCCGGACUCGCUCCUCUUCCACUUCCCCUCUCAGCUGCGACUGGACGCGCUGCCCGAGCUGGUGGACGUCAGCGUCAGCCGAACCCUGCUCACCGCCCUGCUCACUGCGCUCAAGGCCAACGGUUCUCAGGGUGUCUUCUGUGAGGUGCAGCCCACAGAUCAUCAGAGGCUGGAGUUCUUAACCAAACUGGGCUUCCUGGAGAUCCUCAGAGGAGAAGCCAGGAGCAGAGAGGGCGUGGUGCUCGGGCGACUGCUCUGAAAAACACGACAAACACUCACACUAGCCAUCACCUGGUCACGCAUUUCAACUCCUUUGAGAAACAUCAACAUUAAUUAGUUCAUCAAUUUAUCAAAGUGCAUGGUUAGUUAUGACAAAGGUUAUUUUUUUCAUCAGGAGUUGUAGUGAGUCCUGAUGCUUGUUUUUAACAAAAUUUUGCCAUAAAUGUCAUCAGCUUGAAGCAUCACCCUCCUAAACAUAUAAACAUUUUGAAUGAUAAUGUAAAGAGAAGGUUUCCUACGAUUCUGUUAUUGUGCUUGUUCAAAAACGUUGUUCUCUUACUUUGACUAGGACAUGUUUCAUGUAAGAAGCCCCAUUCAGAAAUAUUUUGCAAACUGUCAACAUUUUAUUUUAUUUAAGUUCUUUGGUUUAAAAUCUGCCAACAUAAAUAAGAUGUUCCACCAUAAAACUGAUGCAAGAAAAUAAGAUGGACUUUAUUUAAUUCAAAAAAGGUUAGAAUCUGUAAGGUCACAGAGAAAAAUGCCACAUAGGCAGCCUUACUUCAGCCUAAUUAGAUCUUUAGAUACUUUAGACGUGUUUUUACUUAUUGGUACCAACUACAGCUUGCAUUUCCAGUAAUUGUCUCAUUUUUUUUUCUUAUCUCAAAAUGAUCAAUUUAACUGAAGCAUGAAAGGGGAUUUAGGAGCCUUUUGGUUGCCUUCAGAUUAAUGGAAUGCAUUGCAUGUUGUGAAGGUGUAUUCUUUAUAUAUGUGUCAUUAAAAACAACAGACUUACACACGUAAUGCACAAACUGGUGAAAAUAUUAUAGAAAAUCUUAAUGAAAACCUUAAUGAAGAGAUCAAACAGGCAUGAACCACAAGAUUCUUCAGCAUUUAACAACUAUGAAAUGUAUGUUAGGGUUUAAAUCCUUUAAAGAGCUGCUGAUUAAUACUUUAAAUGAGGGAAAGCAACAAAUGUUUUAAAUGGAGGCAUAGCUCAAAAUGUAAGGAAUUUUAUUAAAGGUAUUUUUAUUAGAUAAAAAGUAAGUUUAUUCUUUGAAAUGCAGCACCAAACCAAUAAUAUUUUUUGAAAGGUUGAGGUGCAGAUGUGUUGUAGCAUUUCUCAACUCUGUGCAGUUUCAACCUCUUUUUCUGCCUGGAUGAGCAUAACUGCUUUCCUCGGUUUCAUUGAAAAGAAAGUGAGCACAACAUUUUCCAAAAAAAGAGAAACCUGCUUGUUUAAAACCUGCUUAGCACCAACCGGCAGAAAUACAGUGCCGGUAAUAAAUCGACUUUCGAGAACAUUUUUCUUUUGAUUAUUGCUUUUGAUCUGAUUUGGAUAAGCCUGUGUCUGAUAUUUCUUUGAAGAAAUAGUUUUGGACAUUCAAAAGUAAUUUCAGCCACCUAAUUUACAUAAACUUCACCUUCGUUGAUCCCACAGACUGAGUAGCUACAAGGCUACUCCACAUAAGAGUAAAACAAACUUCCACCAUCUUAGAAUAAGCCCCCAAAAAUGAGAAAGCUAUUUAAUGUACUUUUAACAGUAUAUGUACUGUUAAAAUUACAGACUUUUAAAUAACCCAAUAGUUAUUUACACAGGAAAUAGAGGUCUGAGAUGGUUUGAACUAGGAAAUUCCAAGUUUCACUUCAUCAGUGAUAUGUUUAUUUUUGACAAAUUCUAACAAAAAGAAGCCUUGUAGUUUUAUUCUUGACUGUUAACAUCUUAGUAGUUAUGUGGGACAUCUGGUGUCAUUACAUCUAAUAAAUUAUAUUUAAGCUGUUAAUUUGCAAAUGAAGACACUAUAGGCAAGUUUUAACACUUUGUACAGGUAAAGGUUAUUUGUUUUUCUGGUUUAUGUCCAUGCUCAGCAAAUUGUAGCAGCAGCCACACAGUUCAUGUCAAACAAUUCCUAAAGGCAGGAUUUAGCUAAUUUAUCCAUUUCAUUUUGUGCUCUGAUUUGUAAAUGAUGGCUGUUUUUCCUCAUUUUAUCAUUUUUACUUCAGUAGUUUUUAUACAUAUAUUAAUCCCAUUGAAAUUAUCUGACAAGCUCAAGUCUUUUGUUUACUAUUUUUCUAGAUAAGAUGAAUGUUUACAUGCAUGAAAAACAUAACCUUGUGUUGCUUUUCUACCAAGCAGGGUUAUAGAUCUAAAAACACAAAAACAUGCAAAAAGAAUUGCAAUGGCUGGCGCUCACCUGCAUUAACACAAACAAAGAUGUUCUACUGGGCAUUGCAGCUGUAAAAAUGUAGUAAGAUAGGAGGAAAUGUUAAAUGUGUGCAUGCUAAAGCUCAUUAGAAAAACAGAAAAUAAAAGCUAAAAACAGACAUAUAUACAUUUAUUAAUUUUUUUACAGAUAUCUUCCAUUAUUAGACAUCACUAAUAAUGAUGUCUAAUAAUAAAGACCUCAUCAGCCACUAUGUUUAAGCAUGAGUGGCUGAUGCUUAAACAUAGCCACUCAGUGAAAAGUGACAUUCACUUGAAGCGGAUGCAAGAGUGGGCAUGUGAAUAAUUAAACUGCGACAGCUGUGUCAUCCGUCCUUCAUUAUAAACCCCAAGGAGGCAUAAACGCAUCGUUCACACCCCGACACACACGCAAUCACACAAAAAGAAGCACAAACGCACUCAGUUCAACUGAAAGUGUGUAGAACAAUGAAUGUUUUUUUAUUUAGAUGUGAACAUACACGACUACUUGUGCAAGCAUUUAUAUUUCAACUUUUUUUAUUUACAAUUAUGUUCAAUCAGUAGACUUAGAUACUUUUGUACAAUUUUCCUUAAAAGUCUCUCGUGAGGUGCUUUGUAAUAAUAAAUGGAAGAAGGUGGUGAUUGCAUAGACAAAAAUAAAGCACCAAAAUCGAAUUGCAUGAUGUAAAGCAAAAAAAAACAAAAUAAUAGAUGGUUGUGUCUGUUGCGAGAUUUUUAAUCGCACCUGUAAGGAGGUGGGACAGUUCUUUUCUUUACUGUGAGAGUCAUUUAAAAAUGUGUGUGUAAAGUUAGGAAAGUUCUAGAAAACGCAAUAUGUCAACAGAUGUGAACAAAUGUUUCAGUCAACAUGAAGCACUGUGAAAAAAAGAAUUAACCACAACUUGAUUUAAUGCAAUCCUAACAACAAUCAUGUCUGUCUGAAUAUUUAAAAUAACGGUUGCCUUUCAACAUCAGGCUUAAGCAUUGUCCGUUUCAUUAAAUCAUUUCAAAUUUCAAACUGCUACAAACUGUCUGCAUAGAGUUACAUUACACAUAAACUUUGUGUUUACAAUACAUUUUUAGUGGAGUGCUGUGUAGCACAUCUAUGCAGGUUAAAAAAAACAUUGAAAAAAUAUUACUGCGAAUUUCAGUUUGGGUUUUUAUUGAAAGCAUUCAAGACGUUUCAUUUUAAACAAAAAUGAUGCAACUUGUUUUCAUGUUUAUUAAAUGAAUUUUUCCUUCUGA